AUUUUCACAUCUAAUCGUCAUCUAUCUAACCGCUGAAUGAUCUUCCGCUGACUCUUUUCUUUUUCCCGGGAAACAUUAAAAGGAAAAAGAAAUGCAGAGGGCUUUACAUUUACAUGCUUCUAUGGGAUAAAGAAAUCAACCGUCUGUGCCCCAAACUCUUAUCUAUCUGAUUUUGUGUUCUUAUCGCAGCAGCAGUGAGCUACGCUGUACGUUUUCUGCAACGCUCUCCUCCCCACUCUUUGCAACAAAAACAAUAUUGAUUAAAAUCCAGUUUGACAGGAUGGCUGCUGCGGUGGUGGGAGGAUCAUUCCUCUCGGCUUUCCUCCAAGUCCUGUUUGACAGGAUGGCAUCUCCGCACUUCCUUGGCUUCUGCAAGCGGCAAAACCUCAACGACAAGUUGCUGAGAAAGCUCAAGACCGUGCUUAAUUCGGUCAACGGAGUUCUCGACGAUGCCGAGGAGAAGCAGAUCAUCAAGUCCUCGGUGGAGAAGUGGCUCAACGAGCUCAAGGAUGCUGUCUACGAAGCGGAUGACUUACUGGACGAGAUUGGGUAUGAAGCUCUCAGAUCAGAAUCAGAAUCAGAAUCUGCAGCUCAGACCAACCCAAGAAAGGUAUGGAACCUCUUAGCUUCUUACAACCCAUUUCAGAAAGGUAGCGAGGAGAAGUUGAAAGAUGUCAUUGAGAGACUGCAAGACCUAGUUAGCCAGCAGGAUGCCCUUGGUUUGAGGGAACACGAUGCCCGUGAAGCCAGUGGCAGUGGGAGUAAGCAGUCACUGCUCAGAAUACCCACAACUUCUCUUGUACAGGAAUGUGAUGUCUAUGGCAGGGAUGCCGAUAAGGAAGCCAUUGUUGAUCGACUGAUUUCAGAUGAUCGAGGGAGUAGUGAUUUAGAGGUUGUUUUGAUUGUGGGGAUGGGUGGGAUAGGUAAGACCACACUUGCUCAGCUCGUGUAUAAUGAUGAGAGGAUUAAGGAGAGAUUUGGUUAUCAGGCAUGGGUUUGUGUUUCUGAAGAAUACGACGUGUUCGGGGUUACCAAAGAUGUGAUUGAAGAGGUGACUCGGCAAGCCUGUGACAUCCGCACCUUUAAUCAGCUUCAGCUUGAGUUGAAAAGGAUUUUGAAAGGCCAGAGGUUUCUACUUGUUCUUGAUGAUGUUUGGAUUGACGAGGAUGGGAAAUGGGACAUUUUGCAGAUGCCAUUCAAGUCUGGGGCUAAAGGAAGCAAGGUUAUAGUGACCACGCGCAACCAACACGUUGCUUCAGUCAUGGGAACUCGCUCCAUUUAUCACCUGAAUCAGCUUGAUAAUGAUGACUGCUGGCUGUUGUUUUCAAGACAUGCAUUUGGUGAUGCUCAUGAGUUUGCUGAUUACCCUCAUCUGGAAGUAGUUGGUCGAGAAGUAGUAAGAAAGUGCAAAGGCAUACCUUUAGCUGCAAAAACACUUGGAGGUCUCUUGCACUCAGAAAGAGAUGUCUACAAAUGGGAGAAGGUCCUGAAUAGCAAUCUAUGGGACUUGUCAAGUAACAAGAUUCUCCCGGCACUAAAGUUGAGCUAUUAUUAUCUUCCCUCUCAUCUCAAACGAUGCUUUGCUUACUGUGCUCUUUUUCCAGAGGAUUAUGAGUUCAGGAAGGAUGAAUUGGUCCUUUUAUGGAUGGCGGAGGGGUUUCUGAUUCAGCCUGGAGGGCAUAGUAAUUUUGAAGAAAUAGGAGAGCAGUACCUUCAUGAUCUUAUCUCGAGAUCCCUUUUUCAGCAAUCAAUUAUUGAUAAAUCUUGUGUCACAAUGCACGACCUUAUCCAUGACUUAGCCAAAUUUGUGUCGGGGGAGUUGUGCUUUAGGUUAGAGGGCAGUGACUCGUGGAAGGUUUCUCAAAUGACUCGUCAUGUGUCACUUGAGACCGCUUGUUACAGUCCAUCCGUACAGUUUGAGGCCAUCAGCAGAUAUCCUUCUUUGCGUACUUUCCUUCCUCUCCAUCGAGGAUGGAGUUGGAAGAGUAGAAGCCUCGAGUGCACUGAAUUGGGAAAAGAUUUGCCUGUGGGUUGGGCAGACUUGUUAAGCGAUUGGACUCAAUCUAUUGAAGGUGAGGUAGUGAACAAUCUACUAUCUUCACUUAAGCGCUUGAGAGUACUGUCUUUUUCUGGUUAUGAUGUGGCUGAGUUGUCAGUUUCAGUAGGCGGCUUGAAACACUUGAGAUAUCUUAAUCUAUCAGGAACGCAUAUAGAGAAGCUGUAUGAUUCAGUGAGCAGCUUAUACAAUUUGCAGACUCUGAUAUUGAAUGACUGCAGAAAGCUAACUCUUUUGCCUGAUUCAUUUGGCAAGUUAAAGCAGCUGCAGCACUUGAAUAUCUUUCGAACAUCAAUAAGGAAUUUACCUGAAUCUUUCAGCUGCUUAAUCAACUUACAUUAUCUUAACAAUGGAGAGACAAAACUGAAGGAGAUGCCGUCACAAAUGGGUAAACUCUCAAACCUCAGGAAGUUGACUGAUUUUGUUCUUGGUAAAGGAAGCGGAUCUACUAUUAAGGAGUUGGGACAGCUUCAUUAUCUUCAUGAAUCACUUACUGUAUGGAAUCUUCAGUUUGUUAAUGAUGUUCGAGAUGCUUCUCUGGCUAAUUUGAAAGGAAAGAAAUACCUUAAGUUACUAAAGUUUGUCUGGAACAGUAACACAGAUGAUUCAGUACAUGAAAGAGUUGUUUUGGAGCAGUUGCAGCCAACUACAAACUUAGAGAGUCUUUCCAUCAUUGGUUAUGGAGGAACAAGGUUUCCUGAUUGGCUAGGACACUUUUCUUUCUCAACCAUGGCAUCUAUUGAACUGAGGGGGUGUAAGCAUUGCUCCUCCUUACCGCCACUUGGCCAAUUAGGCUCCUUAAAGAACCUCUCGAUUGUAGCAUUUGAUGCUGUUUUAGCUGUUGGACCCGAAUUCUACGGGAGCUUGCCUAUGGGGAAGAAAUCAUUUGGAUCUUUGAAAACUCUGCUCUUCGAAAAGAUGGAAAAUUGGCAAGAGUGGAAUAGUGCUGGCCGAAUUGGAAGUGGAGCAUUCCCUGUCCUCGAACAGCUUUACAUAAAAGACUGUCCGAACCUUUCCAAAGCAAUGCCUAGCAAGCUCCCUUGCUUGGAGACCCUAGUUAUUGAGGGGUGCCAGCAACUAAACAUGGCUACAAUUCCAAGUGAUCGGGCCACCUACUGCAUGCAUUUAGUGGAUGAUCACCGAGAUGUGUGGUUGAACAGAUUUGCUACUAUUAGGCCACAACACCUUCAAGUUGUUAGAUUCUUCUGUCAUCAUCCGCCUCGGCACAGUUUGGAGCUAGUAAAUGGCCUUUCCACUGCUUUAGAAGAGAUUGAGAUUUGUAGAUCUAACUCACUGACACACUUUCCUCUGCACGCGUUCCCCAAACUAAAGAUGCUCUCCCUCCGUUACUGUGAUAGUCUAGAGUCCCUUUUAGAAGUUGCAGACAGCACAAUUUGCAGUGAUGCUAGUUCUCUAGACUCCUUGGAAGUUUCCAACUGUCCUAAUUUGGUGUCGUUUCCAAAGGGUGGGUUGCUUGCACCAAACUUGACACAACUACUCUUGCAAAGUUGCUUGAAGCUGAAGUCACUCCCUGAAAAGAUGCACUCACUUAUGCCUUCUCUUCUGCUACUGCGAUUAACUGACUGUCCGGAACUCGAGUCUUUUCCUGAAGGGGGUCUGCCCUCCAAGCUACAAUCACUUGAGAUCUAUGGUUGCUGUCAGCUCAUAGCAUGGCGUCGGAAUUGGAACCUGCAGUCACUACCCGCACUCUUGCAUUUGUCCAUUGGUUCGGACAUAGCAAUGGAGUCCUUUCCUCAUGAUGAGGCAAUGCUGCCUCCAACUCUGACAUCACUUGAAAUGAGUGAUCUGCAAAAUCUCAAGUCUCUUGACACCAGAUGUUUUCGACACCUAACCUCUCUCGAAAGGCUGAAGAUCAAGAACUGCCCUGAGCUUGAAUUCAUACCAAAUGAGAAGCUUCCAUCUUGUCUUCAUCUUUUAUCUAUAAUCAUGUGCCCAUUGCUAAGGCUAAGAUGUCAACAAGAGAAGGGGGAACUUUGGCCUAUGAUUUCUCAUAUUCGUGACAUAUUUAUCUACUGAGCCAUUAUGCUACACCGAUGCUUCCUUGUCUUGUCUGAUCAGUGGUUCUGCUAAUUGCUCAUUGCUUUGGGCCAAACAAGAUCAAUGAUUCUGCUAAUUGCUCGUCACGUCAAGUGACUACUUGAUGAAGCAACCAGGGGUGAACAUGGUUGAGGGCUCAUUUCUCGUCUCAGGAUGCUGCUUAAUGAGAAUAGUCCAUCUAAGGACAAUCCCAAUUCUGGUUUUUUUCUGCCGGGAUUCCAAUCUUGACCAUUUUCCUGCAUUAUCUUUCUUCUGGGUUUUUCACAGUUGCAGCAGGCUUGGGGCGACUCCCAGGUACAGCAUCUACUAAAGCUGCGAAUGAGCUCCUUGGCACCUGCUUCAUCUCUUUCCCUGUAACUAAAAUCGUCCGAGGUAAUUCUCCUCGUCAAAGAACUUCUAUACUCGCAUAUCCCAGAUCGUCCCGGUCGCUAUAUUUCUUCGGAAAGAAACAACCUCAAGAGAGAACAUCAACUGGCAUAUUGGAAAAUAAUGAUUUGGAGAAGGUGCUUCUCCUCUCCUGAAGCGGUACUAGCGAUUGGUGGAAGAAGUCAGUGAAAUAAAUCGCGGCAGCGGAAGGAAUUAUCAAAUUUGCCAGCUUGGUUCUUCAUUUUGGCUUCAUAUAAGCCAAAACACAAUUUUUCCAUCUCAUUUGAAACACCUGAUAUGGGUGAUUGUGUUUUUCUUCUGGAAUAGCUGACAGAUGUGCUACUAAGUGGUCACUCUAGUGGAAAUCAUUGGGAUGAAGAAUUGAAGGGUGCAAGUAACCUUCUUUGUCUUUACCAAUAGCAAAUGCUGCAGUUUAUGAUUGAAUCGAAUGAGACGGCAUGUAUUUGUAUUAAACUGAAGUAGUCAUUGGUAGCAAGUAAUGAACAUCAAUCAACUUU